CGGUGGUUAGUCAGCAAAGCUUGAGUGAGGGCCCACUUGGCCCGAUUCGGCUGUCCCUAAGGAGAAAACAGCUUAUUUACUCCUGGAGGGAAGAAUCGCUUCUCCAGACAUUCCAUUGAGAUGCUCCGGUCUCCGAUGUAGAUAUACUCGGGUGGAGCCUAGACCUUGGUCGUGCAUGCUCCUAGCAUCUUAACGAUUUAGACUAAUUCACUUAGCUCGCAGGCUUACUCCCGUGACGAUACUAGUAGGACUUUGUCAAGUCUAGUAUAUAUCCAGCCUCUUUCCCCUCUCAUCCAACCCGAACAACCCAUAUCCCCUCCAAUUUCCCUUUUUCUCCUUUUUCUCUCCCUCACAACACCACUCUUUUUUCGUCACAAUGCCUCUCGAAACCGGUCUCCAAGGUGCCCAUGUCCUCAUUACUGGAGGUACGCGAGGCAUGGGCCAAGCCAUGGUGCGCCAAUUCCUCCAGGAAGGCGCGGACGUCUCCUACUGCGCCCGCACAGUCACCAACACCGAGUUCAACGACGUCCACCAAACCCUCCCGGAGAGCAACUCUGCCCGCGCAGUGGGGACCGCCUUCGAUGUCUCCUCCAAGGAAGCGAUUGUAAAUUGGGUGAACAGUUCCGCUGAACGCGUGGGACGGAUCGAUGUCAUUAUCGCCAAUGCAUCACCCAUGCACAUUGAAGGCGAGACUGAGCACUGGGAGAGCAGCUUCGCGAUCGACGUGAUGGGCUUCGUGGAGCUGGUGAAGGCGGCCGAGCCCUACCUGGAGAAAUCCCCGCAGGCCUCCAUCAUCGUGCAGAGCUCGUUCAUGGGCCGUGAGUUCUACCGCAGUCCGCCCGCGGCCUACGGGCCCUGCAAGGCUGCUCAGCUGCAGCAUGUGCAGGAGCUGUCGCACUACCUGGGUCCCAAGGGCAUCCGGGUCAACGCCAUCUCGCCGGGCCCCGUGCUCUGCGAGGGCGGGCCCUGGGAGCUGUAUUCGAAGACCAUGCCGGAGUGGGUGGAGGAGCAGCGGUUGAAGAUCCCCCUGAAGCGGCUGGGAGGUCCGCAGGAGAUCGCAAAUGUGGCGGUGUUUUUGGCGAGUCCGUUGGCCAGCUUUGUCACGGGUACGAAUGUUUUGGUAGAUGGUGGGAUUCACGUGGGCACCCAGUUUUAGACUUUUGAGAGUAGGAAAUUACAUCGACAGAAAUUUGAAGAUCAGAAUAGAUUUUGUCGGGC